AUGAGCCACUAUCCAUCCGCGACGACGCCCAUAAGGACCUUCGCUUUUAGGGAGGUGUGCGAGGUCAACGGUCGCACCUUCACCAGGAGAAAAGGCACACAGCAAUGGACCGAGCAGACCGCUUCAACCAGCAGCUCUAACCAAUCUCUUCCAUCGCCACCCCUCUACCUAUCUCUCGUUCAUCAGCGACAAGGUCAAGGAGAACCUCUGCAUUGGGCACUUUUUGUUUCCCGUGAGAACCAACCUGGAUAUAUCUAUCAGGUCAAGGGAGACGCAGAGUACAUGAGCUACCUGCCUUCUAAUCGAGCCCAGGCGGUGGUGAGCAAUGUCGCAGCGGCAGAGGUUCCCCCCAGAGCGAAAGAUCGCAAGUCUGUGACAGAGAACUGCCAAGGUUGGACUUUUCGUGUUAUCACCAAGCUGGUUGGAUUAGGGUUGGUUCCAACUGCGAAACUUGAUAUGGCAAGGUCCAUGCGUGAACCGGUCUAA